AUGCGUGAUGAUGAAAUUUUACGACGUAUAGAGUUUAUACAAUUUUCACCUAAUGCUGAUAAUACUGCAUCAGGAGUUCGUUUGGUUUUGUUGAAAUUUUUCCGUCUUGCUAAGGCCUUAAUUUCAAAUAUCCCAUCACUUAUUGGAAUUAAAAGCGCUUCCGAAGUCUUUAUGUCUGAAGUUUUAGAUCUUGCUCAAAGAUUAAGUGAAAAUAGAACAAUUUGUUAG